CAUAUUGUCAUCAUUAGUGGAUACACGAUCAACUUUGUUAAUAGUUAGAAAUAUCAAUGCUUAUAUUUUGUUUUUGAGAAAAUUAUUUUGCAAUUUCGUUUUAAUACAAAAAUUCAUUAUUUAAUAUUAUGAUUGUAUAUUAAAAUUUUGAUUUUUAAUUUAAAUUAUUUUUUAAGAAUAACAAUAGAAACACGAAAUUUUUUUUCUUUUACAUCAAGUUUAGGUAAAAGCGGUUAUCAUAUUGACUAUUUGCUAAUCGAUAGACCUGCAAACGUCGAUUGCAGCGCUUAGUGUGGAACAAGUGGCAGUACGAUAUUGUCGUCAUUGCUCGUCACUGAUCGUCACUAGUCGUCAUAUUAUUCGUAAUACUACUUAACAAAAUGUGUUACUAUAUUACUGUGUGUAAUGUAUCUUUUCGGAUGAGUGAUGCCCAUGUUUAAAACAGAGAUUGAUAAUGAUGUGGCGCGGUUUAGCCGAGCCAACGGAAGAGGAUAGACGUACAUACGGAUGAAGCACAAGAAAGGUAACCCGGACGAGGAGGAGGCGGAAGAAGAAGAAGGAGACGAAGAAGGAGAAAAAGAAGAUAACGAAAGAGAAGGAUAUAGACGAAACAAGAAAAAAAGAAAAAGAAGAGAAGGAAAUUCACGUAGAAAAACAGAAAAAAUUGUAUCUAUAACCGAUCUAUCGGCGUGAUCAUCAUCGAUAUAUUUGAUGCCAAGUGAAAAAAGAUUUGAAGACGACUCAACACUGGCGGACGGGGAACGUAAUGGAAGCACCGUGGACGGCCCGGUGCUAUCGUCGUCGUCGUCGUGCACGGUGCCCUACAUCGGCACCGACCAGGGUUUCGUGUUCGAGGGUGGCGGCACGACGACGUUGCAGCGGGCUGGUGCAACUAGUACAUCGGUCGCUAGUUGCACCGGUAGCGGAGGAGGAAUCCUUGGAGGAGUCGGUAUCGGGUCAAACAUAGUAGUAGGAUCAGGGAUUAAUAUGGGGGGAAAUGUAACAGUAGGAGGAGUUACCGUUGUCGGUGGAGUGAAAAGUGGAGGAGGAGGCGGUGGAACAAACAAGGAAGUUCGAUAUGCUCCAUUCUCGUCAUCCGUAGGACUGACGGGUUCCGUAGCACCGGUGAACCUGACGCCGCCACCUCUACCACCGCCUCCGCCACCGCCGCCGCUGCCGCCGCCGCCACCGCCGCCGCCCCUGCCGCUGCAGAUGCAGCAGCAACGUGCCUAUUCGAGGUCGAUGACGUCCCUACCGCCUGAGCCAUUUAUGAUUAUGAGGUCGAAGGCUCUUAACCGACGAGUCUCGAUCAACGUCGGUGGUGUUAAACACGAAGUUCUAUGGCGUACUCUUGAAAGGCUACCCCAUACACGUCUAGGCCGUUUGAAGGACUGCAACACGCACGAGGCGAUUACUGAACUAUGCGAUGAUUAUUCUCUUAUCGACAACGAGUAUUUCUUCGAUCGACAUCCGAAAUCUUUUAGUUCAAUUUUGAAUUUCUAUCGCACCGGAAAACUACAUCUUGUCGAUGAGAUGUGCGUAUUGGCGUUUAGUGAUGAUCUCGAGUAUUGGGGUGUCGAUGAAUUAUAUCUUGAAAGUUGUUGCCAACAUAAAUAUCAUCAGAGGAAAGAACAUGUACAUGAAGAAAUGCGCAAAGAGGCAGAAUCGCUCAGGCAAAGAGAAGAAGAAGAAUUUGGCGAAGGACAAUGUGCGCAAUAUCAGAAAUGGUUGUGGGAUCUGCUGGAGAAACCAACUACGUCCAUCGCUGCAAGGGUGAUAGCUGUGAUAUCAAUACUCUUUAUUGUGCUUUCGACGAUUGCGCUAACUCUCAACACCAUUCCUAGUAUGCAAGUAAAUGAUGAAAAGGGAAACUUUCAAGAUAAUCCGCAACUCGCUAUGGUGGAAGCUGUAUGCAUCACAUGGUUUACUCUCGAGUAUUUGCUUAGGUUCAGUGCCUCGCCGGACAAGUGGAAGUUCUUCAAAGGCGGUCUAAAUGUGAUCGACUUAUUGGCAAUAUUGCCGUAUUACGUAUCUCUGUUCCUGGUCGAGACGAACAAGAACGCGACCGACCAGUUCCAGGACGUGCGCAGGGUAGUGCAAAUCUUUCGUAUAAUGCGGAUCCUGAGGAUCCUGAAGCUGGCCCGCCACUCGACCGGGCUGCAGAGCCUUGGCUUCACCUUACGUAACUCGUACAAGGAGCUGGGCCUGCUAAUGCUCUUCCUGGCGAUGGGCGUCCUCAUAUUCUCGAGUCUCGCCUACUUCGCUGAGAAGGAGGAGCCCGGGACCAAAUUCAUAAGCAUUCCAGAAACCUUUUGGUCGGGCAUCACGAUGACCACCGUCGGAUACGGCGACAUCUACCCCACGACCCCGCUCGGCAAGGUGAUCGGCAGUGUGUGUUGUAUAUGUGGUGUCCUGGUAAUCGCGUUGCCCAUUCCCAUUAUCGUUAACAAUUUCGCCGAGUUCUACAAGAACCAGAUGAGACGAGAGAAAGCUCUCAAGAGGCGCGAGGCUCUUGAGAGGGCAAAGAGAGAAGGCAGCAUUGUGUCGUUCCAUCACAUCAAUCUGAGGGACGCUUUCGCCAAAAGCAUGGAUCUCAUCGAUGUCAUCGUCGAUACUGGUCACAAUAUGUCCGGCGUGGAUGGUAACAGCACGGAAGGAGAAUCCGCGUGCGGACGUGGACCUGCUCAAACCGGGCCAGGCUGUUAUCGUAACUAUGAGCAUUACAGUCUCUCGCGACAUCGUCGCAGCGCCUCGUCUUGCUUCCCAAAUUUACCUAAUGAUAUGCCGACUACACCGGACAGUCCGAACCGUCGUCUCUUGGAUUUUGCUCAAAGUAUACCUGGAACACAGACCGAUGAUUAUUUUCACGACGAUGUACCGGCCCAGCAUGUGAAUCAAGGCAAUACAACACCUAGCGAUGAAGAGAAAAAAGACAGCAGAAAAUUCGAGAAAAAUGAUGAAAUACCUAGCGAAUUCGAGUGUUGCUUUUGUACUACGAAGGAAUACAAAGAGUUCAGAGAUGCGGAAAAUAUAAUGCCACUGGCGACUAGCGACUUUCGUAACCCCAUCUGCCAGGAAAUGAAGUCAAUGCGAUCCGGAGUCAUGUCAAUAGAACCAUCCGCACAUCAGCAGAUUUUCGCAACAGAGAUGAAGAUAUCCGCGCUGCAACCAAUGGAUACCACGAGUUAUGGAAAAAUAUACAACGAGCAAGGGAGCGUAGACAGCUCCGAUACGUAUGCCAGCUGUCAAACUCAUCCAUCCCAUUCGCAGGUUUCUUCUGCUGGCCAUUCGGCGGAUAAUAAUAAGGGUGAUUUGACUGAGGAAGCAGACAGUAAUCUCUAUGUAAAUCCCCUGGAAGCUGCAGAAAAAUGUGGAAAUAGAGUGAAGAAAUCUGCUUCCGGUGAAAUUGGACGUAAUGCCGACGCGUCACCGAGUGUUGAGUCGUUAAAGGAUCUUCGUCCCUUUAAUGAGAGCAGCAAGAUUAUUCUAAACGAUACAGUGCCCAAGCAUAGAAAAAUUCGCAUUCAGGAGAGCAUAAGAUCUCGUGCGCAAUUUAUCAGCGACCAGGAAAGCAUCGUCACUCGUAACAUCACGAAAAAGGAGACUACGGAAAACAAUUAUUAUGGAGGAUUACGAGGUGGCAAGCCAUUUACAACCAAUAACAGUCUAGCCUCGGCAACAAGAAUAAUAAAUCAUCAUUUAUUUGGCUCUAACAUUGGACCCAGACAUUACACAGGUCAUCGAAGGCAAAUUUCAGGAACGAACACUGAGAGCAAACUUUCCCUGUCCGUUGAUUCGAUAGAUAGCGAGGGUGUGCCUUUCAUAGAUAGGCACCGAAUAUCCAAAUCAAUUCUGAAGAAAUCUGAAAGCAGCAAUAAUUACUAUAACAACAUCGGGGAUUCAGAUACAGAGAAACUUAUCACAGAUAAUGUUUCGACCAUAAGUAUGUGUGAUAAUGAAACGAACACCUGUGAUGUUUUCACCAAUAUAAAUGGGACAAGGAUGAAACAAUCUGUUUCCUCAUUACUCUCCAAGAUGGAAAGCGAAGAAAAGAAUUGUGUUUCAAAGAUAAAAAGAUCGAUAUUCGACGAGGUUCUCGAAGAAGAGAAACACACGCAAGAUGAAGUAAUGACAGAGAAUAAAAACAAAGAGGAACGAAAGAAAUCGAAAGUAAGGAUGGAGGAAUCUUCGAAGGAUAAUCAAACAAUGAUGAUAUGUUCAUUACGAGCCCAUAAAGCAAAAAAAUUAAACAUCGAGGAUGUUAAACGAAAGAUCAAGAUGAGUAGCCAUAAUUGCAAAGGCACCGACACGAAUUGUCUUCCUCAAGAACAUCAUUUCCCGUCAUAGCGUAAUAUUCUUUUAGCAUAGUAUCUUUGUUCUAUAUCGCAUAUACAUAUAGAUACAAAACAUUCUGCGA